UAUAUUGUUAUAGAUUAGUUUAAUCUUUUGUAACGUGCAUUAUAAGUUUCUGCUUCUUUCUUUGCCUCGUCUCUGUACAUUCAUUCAAUCACCACUGAAAUUCUAAUUUUGGUUUCUCAGUGAAUCGUCGUGGUCCUCCUCCUCCUGUCAUGAAGAAAGCAAGUGAUACAAAUGGAACUAUUUCCAACCCCAUGGGUGAAGAAACUCAAGAUAGAAAGCAGGCCAAAGUUGUGGUUGAGGACAAAAAGAAAAACCAUGAUUCACAACACUCUGCUGUGCCUUGUAAGCCGGGUGAUGGGAACCUACGGUCGCCUAUUUGCUGCAUCAUAGGUGAUGUCAACACUGGAAAAACCAAGCUUCUGGGUGGUAUUCGAGGUAACAAUUUUCAAGAAGGCGGUAUCGACCAACAGAGUGGCACAACAUACUUUCCUGUCCAUGGAAGUAGGCGUCUACUGGUUAUUGAUACCCCAGGCCACCAAUCAUUCAAUAACUCAAUUUCUUGGGGUUCAAGUCUAUGUGAUAUUGCAAUUUUGGUUGUAGAUAUUAUGCAUGGCUUAGACCCAGAAACUGUAGAGUCAUUCCGUCUACUAAAAACGAGGAACACACAAUUCAUUGUUGCAUUGAAUAAGGUGGACAGGAUUUGUGCCUGGCAAACAUGUCGUAAUGCUCCAAUUCGUGAAGCAUUGAUGCAACAGUAUGGGAGUGCUAAAUACGAGUUUCGUAGGAGGGUCAUUAAGAUUAUUUCUCAGUUCAGGAUGCUCGGUGUAAAUACUCAAUUGUAUUAUGAAAACAAAACAAUGGGAGAAACAUUCAACAUUGUGCCGACAAGUGCAAUAAGUGGUGAAGGAAUCCCAGACAUGUUAUUUCUAUUGUUUCAGUGGACCCAAAAGACCCAAAUUGAGAAAUUUACAUACAGUGAAGAUGUGCAGUGUACUGUUUUGGAAGUCAAGGUUAUUGAAGGCUAUGGAACUACUAUUAAUGUUGUUUUAGUUAAUGGUGUUCUUCAUGAAGGAGAUCAAAUAGUUGUAUCUGGAAUGAAGGGUUCAAUUGUUACCACAAUCCAAGCUUUAUUAAGACCUCAUCCAGUGAAGGAACUUCUUGUUAAGGGAUCGUAUAUACACGACAAAGAAAUCAAAGCUGUGAUGGGAAUCAAGAUUACUGCCCAGGGACUUGAACAUGCUAUUGCUGGCUCUAGUUUAUAUGUGGUGAAGCCUGAUGAUGAUUUAGAAUAUUUUAAAAAAGCGGCCUUGGAAGACGUGGAGUCGGUCUUGAGCAGGUUUGAGAGGAGUGGCGAGAGCAUUUAUGUUCAGGCUACAAUACCUGGCUCAUUAUUGAAAAGAGGAGUAAUGAAUUUUAAGAAAACUCCAGAAGUUAAUAUUCCUGUCAGUGCUAUAGAUCAUGUACAUAAGAAAGAUGUGAAGAAGGCCAGUGCAAGAGCAAUGCUUGAAAAGAACGUCCAGGAGAAUUCUACUAUAUUGACUACGUUUGAUGUCAAAGUCACCCCUGAAUAUAGGGAACUUGCAAGACAGUUUAAGGUUUACACCCACAACAUUAAGGAAGAGAAAGGGAAAGAAUCUGCUGAUGAGGCCGACUUCUCAUGCAUGGUAGUUAAAAUUCGAAAUUGAAUCGUAAAAUCUUAUGAUCUUGCAAAGUUUCCCUCGGUUUAUGAGUAGAUGCAAAGUCUACGAUCUUUGAAACAACGAUUUAACGUUUUAAUUACAUAAGUAUUUUAAGUGUUAUGUUGUUGUUAUGUGAGUGUUAGUGUUUUAAUUAAUUACAAAAGUAUAAUUUCAAGUGUGAUUGAAGGUUUUCUUUUGUCUUAUGCUAUUUUUAUAUGCAUAUAUUUGAGAUUUAAGAAUUUUGUUUACCAAAUGAAGUCUAAGUCUCUUGGCACAUAACUUUUAUCAGGCCAUGGGAAUACUGGGACAUAAUGUAGAAAUGAAGUGUAAGUGUGUAUGGUUUUAGUAAAAAAUUACUUUGGCUCGCAUACUUAACUGUUAAUCUACCAGCUUUCAAUUAUUAUUGUUAUUUGAAUAUUGCUUUCAAUUAUGUUAUUCCAAUGUAACUAUGAUAAUUAAGUUUAAAAAAAAAUAAUGGUAAGUAUUGGUUAAAAUAAAUGUUGUAUUUAAUAGAGAAAUGAAGUGUCACCCACCACCUCACCUUAUCGUUGUUUGCUGAUACUGGUCUGUGUGAUGUUGUCCAUGAUGUCUAUGAGAAGCAUCAACUGCAAUUGCAAUUGCAAUUGGAACGGUGGUUUAUUCCCUUUUCGAAUAAAAAAUAGUGGUGGCUUCGGAGGAGGAGGAGGUGCAGAUAACAAUAACAAUAAAGCUGCUGCUGCUGCUGCUGCUGCUGAUGAUAAGAAGAAGAAGAACAACAACAAUUCAAUUCCUAAGCAAGCUGCACCGCGUUUAACUUCACAAGUCAAUUCCCAAGACAUUGACUUUCAACAACGCCUCAACGCUAUUAAAAGGUCAGCACUUGAACAAAAGAAAGCACAAGAUAAAAAACAAUUUGGAGCAAUUGACUAUGAUUCACCUAUUUCUAUUUCUGAGUCAGACAAUAAAACAAUUUCCUUUGCUACCAAGGUUGGAAUAGGUGUAGCUGUUCCAGUCUUUGCUCUCGUUUUUGCUCUUGGAGAUUUUCUCCCAUCAGGAAGUCCCAACGAAGACAACAUUGCUUUGGUCAAUGAUAAAUUGUCAGACAUGGAUAAAACUGCUCUUCAGGCUUAAGGAAUUUGAAGCAACAUUAAGCAACUCCCCAAGAGAUCCAACUGCUCUCGAAGUAAGUAGUGGAUGCUAGUUAUGUUCUGCUAAUUUCUGUGUCUCUAGAUAUAUUUGAAAGGGUUUUCAGGGAGCUGCAGUAACUUUGGCAGAACUAGGAGAGUAUGCAAGAGCUGCUUCUCUACUUGAUGAUUUGACAAAGG